GAGAGAGAGAGAGAGAGAGCGAGAGAGGGGAGGGAGGUUUGGCUGGAUGACCAAAUGGCAGCUUUUACGCAGAGGGUUGUCUCACCUGCUGAAACGCACUUCGCCCGCUCAGCGAGACGCAGCCGUCGGUCGGUCGGUCGCUGCUCCAUCAUCAUCCAGCCCAGCGUGGGGGCAGCGCUGCUUCUUCUUCGGGGCUUGUUUGGGUCUCGUCGGAUGCGAAGAGCUCGGGUUUAUCCUCUCCUCACCACUGCGUGUAUGGAUGAUCGUCUCUGCCAGAGAGUAUAGGCGAACAAAGCGCACCGAGCCUCUCCACCGAUCUGCCUCCCUUCUCUCCUCCUUAAAAGAAAUCACGGAUUUUUUUGUUGUUGUUGCUGUGUGUCUGUAAGUACUCAGGAUAAUCAGCUUGUUUUCCCCCCUUGUUGUUAGGGCUUCCUUGUGUGUGUGUGUGUGUGUGUGUUGGGGGGGAGAACACACUGUUUAAAGAUGGAUACGCUCUUCCUUAGCCCAACGGAUAUAUAGGCAUUUAAUUUAGGGAGCACCCCCCGAUGCCACUGCUGGACAGAAGUCAUGGCAAGAUUCUGGAUGGCGCCGGACACGUUAUUGGUUUCCUGGGAGUAGAACAGGCCCUGAACAACAACAACAACAAGAACAACAACAACAACAACAACAACACAGCAUCCCCUUUUUGCAACAUUCAUACAAAACAUUUAUUUCCACCAAAAGGCGUGAAUGACAAAAACACAUCCGCGUACUGAUCAGAUAUACUGACACACACACACACACACACACGACCGAUAAAAAAAAACUAUGGAGCACACCGGGAUCGAGGAAGUGAACCAGACGCACCAGCAGCAGCACGAGCCAAUCAGCUUCGGGAUCGACCAGAUCCUGAACAGCUCGGACCAGUCGAGCGGCUGCAUGCUGCCGAACCGGACCGGCGACCCGGAUUACGCGCUGGCCCCCAACGUCUACAGCAACGGCUACGGCAGCGUGUACAACCCGGCCUGCUCCAUGGCGGCCGCGGCGGCGGCGGGGCUGGCCGGCUCCUACAACGUCAACAUGAACAUGAACGUGAGCAUGAACAUGAACAUGAACGUUAACGUGAACUCGGGAGGCGGUGGAGGAGGCGGUGGAGCCGGCGGGGUGAUCCGGGUGCCGGCGCACAGGCCCAUGCCGCCGCCGCCUCCUCCGCCGCCCGCAGCCGCCGCCGCGCCGCAUCCGCCCCCCUCGGCGCAUCCGCCGGGCAUCGGACACGGCAUCCCGUCGAUGCCCGGGAUGGGGAUGGGGAACGCGGCAAACUUCACCUUCCCGUGGAUGGAGAGCAGCCGGCGGUUCGCCAAGGACAGACUCACAGGGGAGCAGGCAGAGGAGAGCCGAGCCGGAGAGGCCACAGGGGGGCCGGGGUCCCUCUGUCCUCUCCCCAAGGGGGACAUCGGCAGGGUCCCCGUCUGGAGCACGGUGGAGACAUUAGCCAAAUGCUAUUACCCCGAGCUCGCUCACCUGCGAGACGGCAAUAGCCUCCUGGCAGACUAUCCUUUCCCUAAGGGGGCUUGCCCAGCCGCCCUCUCGCCGUUCUCCGUGACGCGUCGCAUCGGCCACCCGUACCAGAACCGGACGCCGCCCAAGAGGAAAAAGCCGCGCACCUCCUUCAGCCGCGUGCAGAUCUGCGAGCUGGAGAAGCGCUUCCACCGGCAGAAGUACCUGGCGUCGGCCGAGCGCGCCACACUGGCCAAGGCGCUGAAGAUGACGGACGCACAAGUCAAGACCUGGUUUCAGAACAGACGGACAAAAUGGCGGAGACAGACUGCCGAGGAGAGAGAGGCGGAGAGGCAGCAGGCCAACCGGCUGAUGCUGCAGCUCCAGCAGGAAGCGUUCCAGAAGACGUUGAGCCAGCCCCUGCAGCCGGACCCGCUCUGCCUGCACAACUCCUCCCUCUACGCCCUGCAGAACCUGCAGCCAUGGGCAGACGAAAAUAAGGUGACCUCCGUCACCUCCGUGGCUUCUGUGGUGUGACCGUGUAUAUGUGUCUGUAUGUGUGUAUGUGUGUGUGUGUGUGUGUGUGUGUGUGUGUGUGUGUAUCAAAUUGACAACAGUAUUAAAUGGACAAAAUAACACUCAGCAGCAUUAUGGGAUUGUUAUAUAGAUACACGAAAAAAGGCUGCUUGCUUUGGGAAAGAACAAACAUAUUUGAACGGACACUGUGCUUCCUCACUCGUUGAUCGUUACCAGCAACAUGAUGGGGGAGCAUGUGUGUAGAGACAGACAGCUUCCUGUUACUGCCAAGACUGACAAUACACUGUCUGCGGACAGGAGCCGCACUGACAUUGCUGUUUUGUCGGAAAAAAACUGUUUUUCUUUAAUAUGAAAGUGUGUUGAGUCAUUGUCCCUGCCUUACACCACGUUUCCGCUUUCC